GAAAGGGGAAGGGAAAAGAAGGCGAAAGAAAAGGAGACGAGGACACGGACACACACACACACAUACAAGGCUCCUCUUUGCUCGCUGCCUGCACUUAUGCCUGGUGGAGCUCGGUCCCAGCCCUCCUGCCAGCACUGCCCCGGAGAAGCCGCAGCAAAGCCCCUCACCGUGGCCUCGGGGCUUGGGACGCUCCCCCGGCGCUGCCACCACCAGGAAGGGUCCCCAAGGAGCUGCCGCCGCGCAUGGAGCAAGGGCAGAGGAUGCCCCCAGCCCUCCCGCUGCUGCUGCUCUGGGUGUUUGCCCCCGCGGUGGUCCCGGAGGUGUUUGGCACCGGAGAUGGCGCAGAGGACCUCAAGGCUCUGCAGGUCUCCAUCCCACGGCACCCAGCCCUGGAUGCUGUGCUGGCGGGCGACAUCACCAUCCCCUGCCUCAUCACCUACCUCGGCCCCCAGCCCACCAGCAGCAGCACCGCCGGGCGCCGCGCGGUGCUGGGGACCCCCCGGGUCAAGUGGACCUUCAUCUCCGAGGGCCGGGAGGUGGAGAUCCUGGUAGCGCGCGGGGACCGGGUGAAGGUGAGUGAGGACUAUCGGUUCCGCGCCUCCCUGCCCAUCUUCCACCAGCGCUACACCAACGCGUCCCUGCUGCUCACCGAGCUGCGGCCCAACGACUCGGGCAUCUACCGCUGCGACGUGCAGCACGGCAUCGAGGACGGCCACGACAUCCUCAACCUCAGAGUCAAAGGGGUGGUGUUUCACUACCGGGAGGGCUCCAUGCGUUAUGCCUACACCUUCGCCGAGGCGCAGGAAGCCUGUGCCAAGAUCGGGGCCCACAUCGCCACCCCCGAGCAGCUCUAUGCUGCCUACCUCGGCGGCUACGAGCAGUGCGAUGCUGGCUGGCUCUCGGACCAGACCGUCAGGUAUCCCAUCCACACACCCCGUGAAGCCUGUUAUGGAGACAUGAACGGCUUCCCCGGGGUGAGGAACUACGGGGUGGUGGACCCGGAGGACAUGUAUGAUGUGUACUGCUACGCUGAGGACCUCCCAGGGGAGAUCUUUUUGGAGACGGCCCCCGCGCGGUUCACGCUGCAGGAGGCGGCGGCGCGGUGCCGGGCGCGGGGCGCGGCGCUCGCCAGCACCGGGCAGCUCUACGCGGCGUGGAGCGCGGGGCUGGACGCCUGCAGCCCCGGCUGGUUGGCCGACGGCAGCGUCCGUUACCCCAUCGUCACCCCGCGGGAGCGCUGCGGCGGGGCUCUGCCCGGCGUCAAAACCAUCUUCGUGUUCCGCAACCAGACGGGUUUCCCCGAUGCCCAGAGCAGAUACGAUGCCUAUUGCUUCCGAGAAGGGACAAACUCUUUCCCUGAGGCUCCAGGAAGCUCCGAGGGCCUCCAGGAGAUUGUUACAGUGGCAGAAAAGCUGGAGGAGCUGCAGCUUCCCAAAGCGCAAGUGGAGAUUGAGUCGCGAGGGGCUAUUUACGCCGUCCCUUUCUUUAUGGACGAUGAUCUGGGACAGCCGAGCCCGGCCCCCGAAGACGCACCAGGGACAGGGGCCCGGCACCCCCCAAUAGAUACCUCCAUGUCCUCAGAGGAGGAGCAGGGAGCAGCCCCGGGCAGCACGUUUGAAGGGCGAGACCCCAGCCAGCCCAUGGAGCAGGAUGGAGCCAUCAGCUUGCAGAUGCUCUCCAUAGCCCCGCGGGUGGGCGCAGAGGGACCCACCGGUGCCCCGUCCGUGCUGGGGGCCGCAGAAGGUGACCCAGAGCCUCCCGAGGGGUUCCCCCGGCCGCCCAGCCCCACACAUCACCCCGAGCACCCCCGGGAUGCUGUGGGGCGCUCAGCCCACACCGUCAGCCCCGGGGCACCGGGGCACCGGUUGCCAUCGCCGACCAGCGCCGCUUCUGCCACCUCGACAGACAGCCGAGAGCACGGCGGGACCCCCUCCGGCGGGGUGAGCACCCCCGUCCCUGUUGCUGAAGACGUGGAGCUCUCGGGAGACGUGGUGGAGAGCCCCGGAGUGUCCCCGCUGCCCGCGGCGCCCGUGCGGCCGCAGGAGGAGGGAGAGGAGCCGUCGGGGGCCCUGUGGCUCCCAUCGCCCGUGGCCCCGGCGGACGGGGGCACCGUCCCUGCGGCGGAGGUGACAGUGGUCACCCCGUGGCACACGGAGGGGCCUGGCGGCAGCAGCAGCACUACGGCCAUGGGAGGCGAGGAGGCUCCGCCUGGCACUGACCAUGGGAUGCCUGCAGCAUCUUCGGAAGAGGAGGAGGAAGAGGAGGAGGAGGAGCCGCCCGCUCCCUCCGCUGCAACCGUGGAGGGUUUCCUUGCAGCCGUGCCCGGAGAACCAGGUGGCUGCAUCCCCAACCCCUGCCUGAAUGGAGGGACCUGCACGGAGGAUGAUGGUCCUGUCUCCUGCCUCUGCCUGCCUGGCUAUGGAGGCACCAGCUGCGAAAGACCACUGAGGCAGUGCAGCCCUGGCUGGGACAGCUUCCAGGGAGCCUGCUACAAGCACUUCUCCACUCGGAGGAGCUGGGAGGAUGCGGAGGGGCAGUGCAGGCAUUACGGGGGACACUUGGCCACCAUCCUGACCCCUGAGGAGCAGGACUUCAUCAAUGACCAGUACAGAGAAUACCAGUGGAUCGGCUUGAACGACCGGACCAUCGAGGGGGAUUUCCAGUGGUCCGACGGGAGCCCCUUGCUCUAUGAGAACUGGCAUCACGAGCCCGACAGCUACUUCCUCAGUGGAAACUGUGUGGUCAUCGUGUGGCACGACGGGGGCCAGUGGAGCGACGUGCCCUGCAACUACCACCUUCCUACCACCUGCAAAAUGGGGCUGGUGCAGUGCGGGCCGCCCCCCGCCAUCAGCAACGCCCGUGCCUUCGGCAAACCAAAGCAGCGCUAUGAAAUCGGCUCCACGGCGCGGUACCGCUGCCGCCCCGGCUUCCUCCCGCGCCGCUCGCCCCUGCUCCGGUGCCGGGACGACGGGAUGUGGGACCCGCCGCAGCUCAUCUGCCGCCCCGGCCUGGCUCAGCCCCCCGGUGACUGAGCGAGACCCCAGGGCUGAAGCCGCCGCCUCGAGGGGCCCUGGCACUGGUGCGGAUGGGGAUGGCACUGGGACAGCGGCACGGACCCAGCGUGGCACAAACCCUCUGCUGGGUGUUCCCCUUCUCCUUGGUUUUAUAUCUGUACGAAGAAACCCUCAUAACUAAAGAUCCCCCGGAAAGGAUCCGACCAGCGACC